AUGGCGAGCAUUCUUGCUAUAUCUGAAAGUCCUGUGGAUCCGUCGAGAGAAGCAGAUGAUGCCGCAUCCGGGCCUUCGGUAGACGCAGAAGUUACACAGCGCUCUUUCGAGCGGCAAAGAACCAUUCGGAGGGAAACGAUGCCCAAUGAGCGGCUCACCAUAGCUGACAGAACCUUGUCUUCCAGUCUUCCGCUUCGUACUCGUACUGGAUCUCUGGUUUUCCGAAGUACCGAGCAAGAUGUUGAAGCGCCGCUUGAUGAACGAACAGAACUUGAGAGGCAGGAGGUUCCCGCAUCAAUCCACGUCCCUGGCCGCGAUGAGGACACUGAUCAGGUUGGGAGAUCGCCCACGACCGCUUUCGAGGCUGAAUCGGAACCUUUCGCGCUCCACAUGUAUCAGCGAAUGGCCGAGGAGCCAUCUGAAGAAGAACUUGAGCCCGAGAGCCAAAGCGCUACAUCAGUUGACGUCAACAACCUUGAAGAACCGGCUGGUCAGUUCGAAAGAGCAUCCACUGCGAAUGUCACAUUCGAUCCCGAAUUACUCGCACUUGACGUCUAUCAACGGAUUGCCGAAGAACCGCUUGAAGAGGACUCUGAGGCUGAAAGUCAAAGCGCUAUCGCGUCGACCAAUGUCAACGUCAUUGAGGCAACGAGUAGUCGAAUCCAGAGAGCACCGACUGCUAAUGUAUUAUCGAAUCCGAACUCUUUUGCGCUCCGCGUAUAUCAACGCAUCGCUGACGAGCCACUUGGGGAAGAACCUGAGCCCAACGCUAUUGCGCCGACGAACUCCAACAGCACUGAGGAUAUGACUAGUCAAAUUGAGAGAGCACCGACUACUCAAGUCUCUUGGACAGUAGAGCCCUUGGAACAUGUCAAAGCUCGAAGCCCGACUGGCACGAUGCCCCCCGUUGAGAGACGUGCCACACAGACUUCACCCGGGUAUCCAGCGAGCAUACCACGGGCUGUAACAAUAGCUCGCGACGUAGAGCGCAAAAAAAGCAGUGCUGCUCCUGACCAACUCGAUAGAGCACUUACCAUGCGAUCCUCUCCAGCACUGGAGCCUUUGGUAUAUAUCGACCCUGAAGGCCUGCCAUCAAAGACUGUCCCUCUCGAAAGAGUGAGGACACAGGCUUCACCUGAACUCUCAGUCGAUGUAUCACGGGCGUCAACAAUACCUCUCGAAUCGAAUCGAAGACGAAGUAGCGCUGCUCAAGGGCUCACGCCAUCCGCCCGAGGAUCAGAGCCUUCAGUACACUCCAGCGCCAAAGCUGUGCUCGAUGAGACCCCGCAGGUACAGGGAAGAUUGAGAGUAGCGCCCACAGAGCCUCGCACAACCGAUCGUCGACGCAGCAGUGCUGCCCCUGGAAUCACAGCGUCUCCCCCACAGACCAUCCUUGAGAGCAUAGAAGUCGGAGCGCAAACUAAAAGCCAGACGAAGAAGCCGAAGCAAGGCGCGAACUACCCACCUGAGCAGCAAUAUCCGCCAGCGCCUGCAUAUCCCCUACGGGAGACUCCCUCAUGGACGAAGCCGGACACUCGAACUCCAUCACCAAAGGUGAAAGCUGAGAGUCCGCCCAAGAAGAGAGGAUGGCUUAAUCUCGGGGCCAAGCCAGAAGAGGAGUCUUCUGAGUUAGAGGGAAUCAAAUCCCGUCAAUCAAGCCAGCCUGCCCUAGACCCAUCAGAAGUGCAGCCAUUUCUGGACGCGGCACCUGGGUCGCCAGAAGCCCCAGGGGGAACGCAAAAAAGGCAAAACAGCUAUCCGAACCAGACCAGACAGGCUACCUAUCGUCGAGACUCCAGUGCCCCUCCUAUCCGAAGGGCCGACACUCGAACAAGACAACCCUCCGUCUACGCUAACAAGGGCGACUACUACCCAGUCAGUCCGAUCCUUCCAGACCGCAUUGACAACGGUUCGCAGCUCCAGCCUUCACCAUCUCGAAGGAACAGUUACUCCAUCCCACAGUCAGCCUCAAUACCCGAGAAUUCGCCUCAGGACGAACCGCGUGCGCAGUACUUCCGUCGCGUCUCGUCAGGCCCCUCCCGCCGCCAAUCGCAAUCUCAAGGAGCUCUCUACAUCCAGAAAGAUGUUGCAGUCAGUUCCAGAGCACCUACGUUCCAGAAUAAGCUGGAGACAGAGGACGAGACUUCUCGAACGAAUCAAGAACGCCGUGAAGAAGACUUCCAGGAACCCGUCCGGAGAGACCAGAAGCAACGCCCAAAGAAGGAGCUCAGUCGCCUGAGACGCGGCAAAAGUUUUCUCCAGUUCCCCAGAAAGAAGGCCCGUCAGACGAAGGAGAGUCAGAUCAUUCGCGGAGCAGGUUUCCGGAACUGUCUGGUGCUCAAGUGCCAAGGGGACAAGAGCAAGAGCAAGAGCCAACAGCACGAACCGAAGAACAAAGGCGGACUGAAGUGGUUAUGGAAGAAGAUCCUGCGCCUGCCGACGCCAAGGGUGCACCUGAUGAAGACAUACCCACCCGCCGUCGCAUCGAUAACUCAAGCGGGCCCUUCGAAGAUGACUAUGCCUGGAUCAACAGCACGGUUGACCUCUCGCGCUCAAAGACCAUCCCAAGAACAUCCACCGGAGAUGAAGGUGAUCGAAGACUUCCAGGUGCAAACCCAGAAGAAGCGCAAAUUGCACGAGCAAACACUCGUCGUGCAACCUCAGGACGAGUGCCUGAUUCCGCAACAGCCUCACAAUCUGCACGAAAAGAUUCAACAACCGCCACGCGAAGGCCAUCGUCGUCAGUCAAGAGGACGAACACGCGACGGAAGUCAUCAGCAGUCGGAGAAGACAGAGCAGCGCCAAUCCUCACAGAAGUACCAACGGUCUCCAGAGCACCGACACGAUCGGCGACGAUCCCCUCAAUGUCUCGACAAGCCAGCAUCCGGCGAGGGUCUGCCGCUCCUAGAAGGGGUACAGCAGUCUCCCCAGAAGCUUUGCCAGACAUUCAAGCCAGAUCAACAAAGGAAAGCAGCUCAAGAUCAACCCCGCGGCAAGAGUCCAGAGGUGCGGCCUCGCCUGUCGCGGUACAACCAGGUCGACGGUCAUCUACUGCAACUAGAACAGGUACGCCAAUCUCCAGAGCGGCGUUACCAGAAUUUGGAGCCUCAAGGAGGGGGGGAGACGGACCUAUGUCGGCCACAUCACAAGGGUCGCGUGGUACAACAUCGCCAGUCCCAGCUUACGACAGGGGGGAUUCUCCUGUCGGAAUACAACCACCGAAAGGUUCAUUGGGUACAACCCAGCGCGCAGACCAGAUCUCAGAACAACAAACCCAGUCAAGCCCACGAACAGAACCAAGCGAUGCUAAGCCAGCAAUGCCGCGCCGAGUGA